AUGAAACAGGCAAGAAUUACUCGACUCCAUCCUAUUUUAAGUCCUCCUAAAAAUGAAGAAGCUCCUUUCUUUGAUCCAUGUCCAAAGUUCUAAACUUCAUAUCAUCCCAAAUGCAGUUUAGAUAGGAUUAUUUCAUACUUAUUUUUAAAGCAAAAUGAUAUCAAUGGUAAAACCUUUAGCUAAAGACGUAUUUGCAAAUUAGAUGCAACUCAAACUUUUGAUGGCCCAUCGAAGUGCAGAGUUCUUAAAAUUCACCCUCCUGAUGCCAAUAAAAUUAGUGGAUGGUAGAAUGUAGGAGGAGAAGUCUCGUAUGAUUAUGAUAAUGGAUGGAAAACUCGAUUGACUGAUAUUUGUACAGAUAUUUAAGAAGAUAUUAACAUUAUGAGGAAGGUUCUGAUGGAUGAAGGGGAAUAAAAACAUAAUUAUAAAGCAAGGAUUGAAUAUUUAAGAAGAUACAUUGAAGAAAUCAAUAAGAUGUACCAUAUUGUCAAUCUAAAGGAAGACUUAAAGAAAUUACGUGGUAUUUAUAGGAAAAGUAGGGAGGAAAUUAAAUCAUAUGUCAAGUUUAAAGGAACUCGAUUCUUUGAAAUCGUUCCUUAAUUGAAAUAAACUUCUAAAACACCCACUGUCUUAGAUGAAUUCAAAGUAUUUAAGCCACUAUCAGACGAAAAAUUGAUUGAGAAACAAAAAUAUCUCGAUGAUUUAUUCAAACAUCUGAAUAAAAAGAAUCAGUAAAAGGAAGUUAAAGAAUAAUUGGAAUAACUUGAUCAAUUAGACAAAAUGCUCUAACAAUCUGGAGUCAAGAUCGAUCCCAUUCAAUCAGAUCCUUUUGCUUCAAAAGAUAUUACGGUUAACAAAGAAAUUGAAAAGAAGUUUGUUUUCGAGGAAUUCAUUGAAGAAUCCAAAUAAUACGAAGAUGAAUAAGAAGGUGAAUAGCAAGAUGAAAUCAAUGAAGAAACUGAAAAUACAAAAGGAAAUAAUUAAAGGCCAAAGAGAGCUUUUAGCUAAAUUAUUUCAACCAAAUAAUAAGAUAAAAAAAGUGCUGCCCAAGAAUUCAAUUCCUAACACUACUUAUUUGAAGUGAAAGAUGUGAAUUCCUUUGGCUAACAAAUUAGAUUGAACAGAUUAAAUAAGAUCAUGAAUGAAAUGUUCAAAGAACAAAGAAACUUUUCUUAAGAUCUUUAACAAUAUUCAUAUAAUCAUAUAAAGCCUUAAACUGUCUCAAAUAUCUCGUGCGAAAAUCUUUAAAGUCUCAAACAUAAACUCGUAUAAAGCAGAGAAAAAGAAUUAAAAAGAAUGAACAAAUCAUCAGUUUAAGAAAUUGGAAAGAGAAGCUCAGUUCACGUUUCUGCAUUUUAUUCUACUGCAACCUCUAAGCAACAGCUAAAAUUUUAUUGA